AUGGCUGUGAAUCAUCAAGGAAUGGACAAAAAGGGUCUCGAUCCGAUUCAAAGAGAAGAGUGUGCAGGUGAUAGAGUGAUGGCAUUGAUGGCAUGCGAGACAGCCGUAUCACUGGCCCAAUUCCUCCUCAAGGAGUUGACAAUCAAUAUCAAAACUACUCGCAUAUGGUACUCUAUUGGCUCCAUAAACAUAAAGAUCGUCCUGCGAAGGCGUUCGUCGACAAUCGAGUCAAGCGGAUUCGUUGUACUCUAUUGGCUCCAUAAACAUAAAGAUCGUCCUGCGAAGGCGUUCGUCGACAAUCGAGUCAAGCGGAUUCGUUGUGCGAUUAACGAUUUCACUUCAAAGGACAUUUUCAUUAUGUAUCAUCGGAGUCCAAUCCAGCAGAAUGUGCAACCAGAAGACUCUCUUUACGAGAGAUUUCUGGCCACUUCUGGGACCCACUUAUGUAGGUCGUGUCCGAUGACAUGGCCUCACCCAACGAUGAACUUCAACAUCUUUCCUGGCUCAACUGCGGAAACCGAGGCCGAGUUGAAGUUUCUUCACUUUCUACAAUCAACGAUCAUCGUUCAGUGUUACCACUUUGAAGGAUUAAUAAUUUUGAUGAGUUACUACAUUGUAAAGAUCCUUAAGAAGCGCAUUUACGAUCGAGUUUCCUUGCAGAAUCAAGCUCGCUUGAAUUCAGCUUUAUUUCUUGUAGGAGUUACAUCUGUGCCCAAAAUUGAGACUCAGGACCGAGAGAGUGCUACUCAACUGCGUCUUAAUCCAAUCAAGACUAAGAAGACCUAUAAAGAUCUUAUCGGUAUCACCCGAGUAGUUAAAGCAUGGCGUCUACGGCAAAGAAUCCCAUCCUACUUGCGCCCGAUCAUGCGCUCACGGACGCUCACGGAGAAGAUCGUCGGGCAGUCCCAUCUAGCCCUUUCACACGCGGGAGUUGAGCAUCAUGUUAGCGUAUCACGCCGAAGACAUUUCAUACCACGCAUUCGCACUCCUGUUCGGUCAAUAGUUAGGCAAUGCGUACCCUGUCAACGGCAGCAAGCUUGCCUCUACAAUUAUUCAAACCCACCAAAUCUACCGUUCGAAAGAGUAACACGCAAACAAUGGAUCAUUUUUGUCGUCGUGGAAGAAGGACUACCUCCAGGCGUUGUCAGAACGCACCCAAAGCUUAGCAAAAGGCACGCAAGGAUCGCGUUCAUGGCCUAUUCUUUUGGAGGAGCAGUGCUUAUUGCGCAGGACAAUGUGUCCAGAACACCCUGGCCGCUAGUCAUUAUCACCAGGCUUAACAAGUCGCAAGAUGGAGUACUUAGGUCUUGGCAGGUCAAAACAGGUAAGAACACAUAUACAGAUCGCUCCAUCAAUCGACCUAUUCCGCUGGAACUCCACGUGCCAACAGCUGAAGAUCCGACAGACAAUAUCCAUCACAGAAAGCCCAGAACACGUUCCGUGUCACCAAUGCUCCCAACCAGGACUCAGCCUGUGAGCAGUCAAAAGGAGGCACUCGAGGCAAGUUCAAUUCAAUUCCUCUUUGGGUAA